CACCAUCACCACUGACUGGGAACCAUCACCACUGUCUGGGAACCCUCCCUGCACACUCUGCAUGGAGCCCAGCUCUUAGUGAUCCAGAUGGCGCUACCUGUGAGACCCCUGCUCUGCUUUCUGGCUGAGAUUUCCAGGAGGACCCGGGGCCCCUGCCUGUCACUGAUUGUCCCUGCCAGGACUUACAGACUGCUCCCCUGCCUCCGCAAGCAGUCUGGGCCUCAGUAUGCCAGCAUGGACAGUGUCAUUAAAGCCCAACAGAGGAGCUUUAAGAAGGGUCUUUUGUCCACCCUGGAUGCAACUUUAAGUCCUGUCACUGCGACAGAAAUCCGCCAUUAUUUAAGGACAAACAACAUUUCUUUCCACGAUGGUUACAGCUGCAUCCAUGUGCCCAGCCCUUUCUCUCUUAAUCCAGAAAACUGUCUUUUUAUUGAUAAGACAACCGGGCGCUUCUUGUGUAAAGACACGUUACUGGAAGGUUCCUGGCAGGACUACCAGGAUAGCUUAGCCCUAAUACUGAAAGAGGACUACCAGUACCUCAGUCCUGAUUAUAUGGCCAGUUUAUUGGGGGAUAGUGACAGUGAAUCUGUUGAAGAACAGAUGAAUGACAUGGAAGUGCGUAGGAUUUGGGACAGAGCUGUUUGGUUCUCUGACCUUGAAGAAGAAGAUGCACAGAUCAUAAAAACUAUGUUCAACAUUUCAAAGAUUCCGAAUAAUACCCUAAAGAAGUUUGGAGUCAAGUGCUACUUUCCUACCAAAAGUCUUGUAUUCUCUUGGAACAGUCCUAGGGACUCAAGCUUAAAGGGUUUGAAAUUGUUGUCCGCUGAAUGUCGAGAUCAAUGUGUCCAUUACAUUGAAACAACCUACCCAAGGCCUGCCCGAUAUAAUAAUUUGUUUGGACUUUCAGUAAUUGGUAAAAAGGAGACUGAAGUUGUAAUCACCAGCAGAGAGGUGGACAGUUUGGCAGUGCACCAAGCCACUGGUGUAACAACAGUGGCCUUGCCCCGUGGAAUAACCUGUUUGCCCCCUAUUCUGUUGCCCUAUCUGGAACAGUUUAAACGCAUAACUCUCUGGCUCGGAGAUGACCUUCACUCUUGGGAAGCCUCCAAACAAUUUGCUCGAAAACUAAACCUUAAGAGAUGUUCACUAAUACGGUCUGGUGACAAACUGCCUACACCACUGCAGGCAUUUAAUGAAGGCUUAAAUUUAAAUAAACUCCUUAAAACAGCUUUUCCGGCAAACCACAAAUCUAUCAUUUCUUUUCGUCAACUAAGGGAGGAAGUAUUUGGUCAGCUGGAGAAUGUUGACCAGAUUUCAGGGGUCAAAUGGGCCAGAUUCCCUGAAUUAAAUAAACUACUUAAAGGCCACCGUAAAGGGGAACUGACUGUGUUUACAGGUCCUACUGGAAGUGGCAAAACAACCUUCAUCAGUGAGUACGCACUGGACUUGUGUAUUCAAGGAGUGAACACCCUGUGGGGAAGCUUUGAGAUUAACAACAUCCGUCUGGCCAAGCUCAUGCUGACGCAGUUCUCUCUUCUACGAUUGGAGGAGCAGUUGGACAAAUACGAUGAGUGGGCGGAUCAAUUUGAGAACCUACCUCUUUAUUUUAUGACCUUUCAUGGACAACAAAAUAUCAAGUUGGUACUGGACACUAUGCAGCACGCUGUGUACAUGUAUGACAUUAAUCAUGUGAUCAUUGAUAAUCUGCAGUUCAUGAUGGGUCAGGAAAACCUCUUUUCUGAUAAAUUUGCGGUUCAGGAUUACAUGGUCGGUGCCUUCAGAAAGUUUGCUACUGAACAUAAUUGCCAUGUGACGGUGGUCAUUCAUCCCCGGAAAGAAGAUGACGAUAAGGAAUUACAGACGUCAUCUAUUUUUGGAUCAGCAAAAGCCAGUCAAGAAGCUGAUAAUGUUCUCAUACUUCAAGAUCGGAAACUGGUGACCGGCCCAGGCAAGAGGCAUCUUCAAUUAGCAAAGAAUCGAUUUGAUGGAGACGUGGGUAUCUUUGCUCUGGAGUUCAACAAGUCCUCUCUGACUUUUUCCACUGGCAAAAACAAAGCAAAGCUGAAAAAAGUCAACAAAGACAAUGAAAUGCAGAUGGAUAACCCUUUAGAAGUGACCCCAAAAAAGAGCAAGAAGUAGACACACACUGACUUUUUGUUAGCACUUAACGAAGUGGGCCGUUCUGCCCAGAUGAACAGCUCUGAAUCCAAGGACCAUAUUAGAUCCUAAAGCUAGCCGUUCAAGCUGUGAGUUUUAUAACAGAAUGUUUCUUACUAAUCAGGAGCACUUAUACUGACCCAUUACUUCAGAGGUGACAAUAGACUUCAAUGGAGGAAUCAUUUUUCUACAGACAUCAAACUACACUUUCAUAAAAGGGUCAGAAUUGAUUAUUAAAAUCUCUUUCUAACAUUUCAAGAGACCUCUUGUUCUGAUACGGGUCAGGGAGGACCUCGUAUGUUUAAGCUACUAAAGAAAACUGACAUUUUGUAUGAUUCUGAUCACAAGAAUUUUUGUAUCGUUUGUCUUGCAUUCUUGAGGUGGGAGAUGCCUUUAUGGUGGACCUUCCCUUCUCAAAAUGUGCAAAUGACAAAGUUCACUUUAGGUUAUUAACAUGUAAUCUAUACAUUGGAAUAUACAUUUACUGAAGUAAAUUAUUAACAUUUUCUUACUACCUCAUCUUGCUGGCUGUAUGGCAGUAGCAGAGAUAUAAAGGUUCAAACAAUGAAUGUUCUGUAAAGAAUGUAAUCGUGGUGAAAUUAAAGGGGCACUAUAGUGUGUGGAACACAAAGUGUGUUCCUGACACUAUAGUUCUAAAGCCACCGUUUAGGUGGUCGGCCCCUCUUACCUAAGGUUAGACAGGUGAUUUUCUUACAUUUUUCCAGCAUCGCUCCUCGCAUCUGGUCACAUCCCCGAUCCACCUCUUAGGCUGACAUCAUAAUUGGAAAGCAUUGUGAUUGGCUAAGAUUCUGAUGAUCUCAGCCAAGGAGACGUGUGGUGCCAGAUUUAAACGCCGCCCGUGCCAAUCAGCAUCUCCUCAUGUAUCAAUACAUUUCUAGGGUUCAGAAGUGCAGCACUGAAUCAGGAAGCACAUCUAGUGACCGUCUGAGAAGUGGCAACUAGAGGUGUUCCUAGACUGUUUGAAUUAAAUUAAAAAGCCUGUAGGGACAGUUUAUACUAAGCAGAACGUUGUUCUGUAGUUGGUCUGGUGACUAUAGUGACUCUUUAAAUUAUGACGCUUAUCAGAAAAAGAAUUUAAAAAAUAAUGUAAAACAUUAAACAAAGUAAAUUUAGAAUGCUGUUAGUUUAUUAUCAAACAUAAAAUAUUCUCAUGUUUGCAUGAGGAGGAGAAGCAAGUAGUCGUGAUAAGGUCUGCACGUGUCUGUAUUCACAUAUGUGUACUGAGUUACAUAUCUGCCCUUCUAGUACCUGCAGCUAUCCUGUGACAGUACAUAUAAUAUCUGGAAAUUCAUUCAUAUGCCUAGAAACGAAGCCCAUUUUGUACCCAAUAUUCUUUCUUAAGACUAGUGUGUAUAGCUUGCUGAGCAUCAUGGGACAUGUAGUCCACAAACAAACUGGAUUUCCAGUUCUGUAGGAAAUACAAAAGAAUACAAAAUUAAGGAUUUCUGGUUUUCUUCAUGUACACUAUUUGUCUGAAAGGGACUCGAUCUGCAAAGCGCACAUGAUCAUACAUUAA